CUGGGUCGGGUGGGUGACGCCGAGCGCGAGAUGUCGGAUUUUGAUAGUAACCCGUUUGCAGACCCGGAUCUCAACAACCCUUUCAAGGACACAUCAGUUACACAAGUAACAAGAAAUGUCCCACCAGGACUUGAUGAAUACAAUCCAUUCUCGGAUUCUAGAACACCUCCACCGGGCAAUGUGAAAGUGCCUAACGUACCCAGCACACAACCAGCAAUAAUGAAACCAACAGAGGAACAUCCGGCUUAUACACAGAUUGCAAAGGGGCAUGGCUUGGCCUAAGCUGAACUUCUUAAACGCCAGGAAGAACUAGAAAGAAAAGCAGCAGAAUUAGAUCGUCGAGAACGAGAAAUGCAAAAUCUCAGUCAACACGGCAGAAAAAACAAUUGGCCACCUCUUCCUGACAAUUUUCCUGUGGGACCUUGUUUCUAUCAGGAUUUUUCUGUAGACAUUCCUGUAGAAUUCCAAAAGACAGUAAAGAUUAUGUACUACCUAUGGAUGUUCCAUGCUGUAACACUGUUUCUAAAUAUCUUCGGAUGCUUGGCUUGGUUUUGUGUUGAUCCUCCAAGAGGGGUUGAUUUUGGAUUGAGUAUCCUGUGGUUCUUGCUUUUUACUCCUUGUUCAUUUGUCUGUUGGUGCAGACCACUUUAUGGAGCUUUCAGGAGUGACAGUUCAUUCAGAUUCUUUGUAUUCUUUUUCGUCUAUAUUUGUCAGUUUGCUGUGCAUGUACUCCAGGCUGCAGGAUUUCAUAAUUGGGGUAACUGCGGUUGGAUUUCAUCCCUUACUGGUCUCAACAAAAGUAUUCCUGUUGGAAUCAUGAUGAUAAUCAUAGCAGCACUUUUCACAGCAUCAGCAGUCAUCUCACUAGUUAUGUUUAAAAAGGUACAUGGACUGUAUCACACAACAGGUGCCAGUUUUGAGAAGGCCCAACAAGAGUUUGCAACAGGUGUGAUGUCCAACAAAACUGUCCAGACCGCAGCUGCAAAUGCAGCUUCAACCGCAGCAACUAGUGCAGCUCAGAAUGCUUUCAAGGGUAACCAAAUUUAGAGUCUUCAAACAAUGCAUUGUUACCUUCUGACUGUACUUUUUUCUCGUUACUGUAUUCUAUAAAUAUUUGUUUUGUUCAAAACACACAGUACACACAGCACGUAUAUUUCCUAAUCACUUGUGCAUGGGCUAAAACAAGAAAAACUUCCUUGUCCUAUUAUUUACCUGAUAGUUUCUUAAUAUUUCAGUGCCCCUUGCAAAAAAAAAAAAUUACAUGCGAAAUAAAUAUUCUCCAUUUUUUGGGGGGGCAUGAAUGUUCAGCGAAUUAUUUCAGUGGUGACACCCUGAAAUUAACAUGGCACUUAUGAUUAAAAAUGCACUUAGUACUUGCUGCAGUCAUUCUUUCAAGAGUCAGACGUAAGGAUUACACAUUGGAGCAGUAAAGCAAUGCUUCAUUCCUUUUCCUUAUUUAUAUUGAAAGAAAUAGGACAUCAGAGACUUAGGGAUUUUUAAAUUGGCUUGCUUUUUAGCAGUUUCAGUCACUAGUGAAGAACCUGUGUACAUUUCAUGGUAGAUAAUGUAAAUUUUAUCUUUUUAUUUUCUUUUUUUACAGUAGUUGAUAUUUUGAUAAUCAAGCUCUGAUCUUGCAUGGUCACCAUGUUUCUUAAAAGAAUUAGUAUUUUGGGUUAUGCACUGCUUAUGGUUGCAGGAUUGGGGAGUUGUUUAUAGAAUCAUAGAAAUGAUUUUCUGUAAUACUUUCUUUUAAAUAAAAAUUCACUGGGGUGCAAUACGAGGAUAUAAUAUAAUAUGCAGUGCAUUAUCCAAAAGAAAAGGUAGACAAUUGAUGGAAUAGAAUGUAGUGAUGAUAAUACCUUUUUGUUUUUAAUUUUCAGUAUUCAUAUCAUAGUAAAAUAUUACUGUAUGGAAACUUCGGUAUAUUCUUGUGGCUACUCUUUUUAAUUGAACUGAGAUUGUGUUUGGCAGCUCUUUUCUGGGGUAUGUGUGUGUAAUUUUUAACAGAGGUAUUAAAGUCUAGCCUAACUCCAUGUCCAAAAAGAACAUAACAGUAUUUAAGAAAUUUUUCUUUUAGCCUCUCAUGUCUAGU